AUGUCCUUCCUUGUGGCGGAGCUUAGUCAAUCCGAUAUCGUGAACGAAUCUCUAAAGGAUAGUGCCGGUCGUUUAACAAGUUCAUCCCAUGUCGCCGACCCUUUCGAGGUGUCCAACCCCGAUAAUGGUGUCGUCCAAUGGACGCUAAAACACUUGACUGCAAGAUAUCGGCCUCCUGCUCCCGUAUCCAGUAAGAGGCCUCUACGAAAAUCUCCCUGCACCCCAUCUAAAGACCCAUCCAAAUUGGCUAAGUGUGCGAAGGCUAGCGCGCCGGGCUCUCCGACGGUGGGAAAGACGGCUUCCAAGACCUUCGGGGGAGUUGCUUCGCCGAUCAUCCCGACAUCAUCUGACGUGAGUCUCAGUUCCGACAGCGGAACGGUCCGGGCCGACAUGGCAGGAUCUCGUUCAUCCCGUCGUCACCUAAAUACUGCGUCUCUGAUUUCCCCUGUAGUCACCACUCCCGUGCCGAAGGCCUCGACCCCUCGGUCUCUUACUAAAGCCACGUCCGAGUCGUCAAAGUCUAAGACUGAGCCGCCAUCUCGAAAGGAGGGUGACUACCCAGCGGCUUACAGCUCUCAUGCUUCAGAAGAUGAGUAA